AAACUUAAAUCUUAAAUUAAAAAAGUAUUUAUUAAGAAUGGAGAGAGUGACACUGGCAAAACAGAUGUUUAUGAUGGAGCCUCAUCACAGAAUGUCUAUCUCACUAGCUAUCCAUGCUCAAAAUACAUGCACACAGGCUGAGGAAUCCCAGAGUGCAGUCAUGAAACUAGAAGAGAGCACAAGAAUGGGAAAAGAUACACAGAAGAAGUAAAGUCAAAGCUGUUGGCCUCUUAUUUCCCUGUUCAGAAUUUUCCUCCCAUCUGAUGAGAAAGUUGAUAAGGGAGUCUUUUCAUCAAGGUGCUUUUAAGAAAGUUUGUAAUGGUGUGGUGAAGAUAGGAAGACCAUCAGAAAGGCUGAAGUGCUAUCAUACUGAGGGAGGAGCCUUGUGAAUUCGAGACUACGUGGGCUACAUUGUUAGACCCUGUCCUUCCAACUCCCAUCUACCAGGCAAUUACUUUGGUGACUGUCGCCACUCUAUGCAAUGUAUAAGUCUGUGUCUGAAACUAGACAUCCUCUGCAGUCAGAAGAACAAGAAGUAGGCAUUGACCCCUUGUUCAGUUAUUCAAGUAAACCAAGAGGAGAUUCAUGUCAAAAUGGAAGAGGAGCAAAUUCUACCUUAGACUCUGAAAGGACAUUUAAUUCAUAUAUGAAAGAAUGGGAAGAACUAUUUGUAAACAACAAUUACUUGGCAACAGUAAGACAGAAGGGGAUUAAUGGGCAGCUGAGAAGCAGCAGGUUCCGCAGCAUUUGCUGGAAGCUCUUUCUUUGUGUUCUUCCUCAAGAUAAAAGUCAGUGGAUAAGUAGAAUUAAAGAACUAAGAGCCUGGUAUAGCAAUAUUAAAGAAAUACAUAUCACUAAUCCAAGGAAAGUUGUUGGCCAACAGGAUCUGAUGAUCAAUAAUCCCCUUUCACAAGAUGAAGGAAGUCUUUGGAACAAGUUCUUUCAAGAUAAAGAACUACGGUCCAUGAUUGAGCAAGAUGUCAAAAGAACGUUUCCUGAAAUGCAGUUUUUCCAACAAGAAAAUGUGAGAAAAAUUCUUACAGAUGUUCUGUUCUGUUAUGCUAGAGAAAACGAGCAGCUGCUUUAUAAACAGGGUAUGCAUGAGCUGCUAGCGCCUAUCAUCUUUACCCUUCACUGUGAUCACCAAGCUUUUCUGCAUGCCAGCGAGUCUGCACAGCCCAGUGAGGAAAUGAAAAUUCUCUUGAACCCUGAGUAUCUGGAGCAUGAUGCCUAUGCAAUGUUCUCACAGCUUAUGGAAACUGCUGAACCUUGGUUUUCUACGUUUGAGCAUGAUGGUCAAAAGGGAAAAGAAGCUCUGAUGCCCCCCAUUCCCUUUGCUCGACCACAGGAUUUAGGGCCAACAGUUGCCAUUGUUACAAAAGUCAACCAGAUCCAGGAUCACCUACUGAAGAAACAUGAUAUUGAGCUCUACAUGCACUUGAAUAGACUAGAAAUCGCACCACAGAUAUAUGGGUUGUUCCUGUGCAGACGAUGGGUGCGCCUGCUCUUUGGGAGAGAGUUCCCCCUGCAGGACCUGCUGGUGGUCUGGGAUGCCCUGUUUGCGGAUGGCCUCAACCUGAGCUUAGUCGACUAUGUCUUCACAGCCAUGCUACUCUAUAUCCGAGAUGCUUUGAUUUCUAGUAACUAUCAGACCUGUCUUGGCCUUCUGAUGCAUUACCCACUCAUUGGGGACAUACACUCACUGAUACUGAAGGCUCUGUUCCUUAGAGACCCAAAGAGAAAUCCAAGGCCAGUGACUUACCAGUUCCACCCCAAUUUAGACUACUACAAAGCACGGGGAGCCGACCUUAUGAACAAAAGCCGGACCAAUGCCAGAGGUGCUCCCCUGAAUAUACACAAGGUCUCCAACAGCUUGAUUAACUUUGGAAGGAAGUUGAUUUCCCCAGCCUCAGCUCCAGGCAGUAUGGGUGGCCCUGUACCUGGGAGCAACAGCAGCAGUUCCUUCUCAGCUGGCAUCCCCACCAGGACCUCCACAGAAGCCCCAAGGCAUCAUUUGCUGCAACAGCAGCAGCAGCAGCAGCAGCAGCAGCAGCAGCAGCAGCAGCAGCAGCAACAGAGACUGAUGAAAUCUGAAAGCAUGCCAGUACAGUUGAACAAAGGCGACAUAAUUACAGGAAGCGAUGCUCAGGUUUCUGUUCCUGUCCAGGCUCUAACUGACCUCCAAGGGCAAAGUUCGAAAACCAUCAGUUCAUCUCCAAGCAUCGAGAGUUUGCCUGGGGGAAGAGAAUCCACUGGCUCCCCACCUUCAUCUGCUACUAAAAGGGAUUCCUUUUUCAGCAACAUAGCACGCUCCCGUUCACACAGCAAAACUAUGGGCAGAAAAGAGUCUGAAGAAGAGCUAGAGGCCCAGAUCUCCUUCCUGCAAGGACAGCUGAAUGACCUGGACGCCAUGUGCAAGUACUGUGCAAAGGUCAUGGACAUGCAUCUUGUAAACAUUCAAGAUGUGGUGUUACAAGAGAAUUUGGAAAAAGAAGAUCAAAUUCUGGUGUCCUUGGCAGGAUUAAAACAGAUCAAAGACAUUCUGAAAGGUUCCCUGCGCUUCAACCAGAGCCAGCUGGAGGCUGAAGAGAAUGAGCAGAUUACCAUUGCUGAUGACCACUACUGCUCCAGUGGCCAGGACCAGGGCAGCCAAGCUCCUAGGGCCGCCAAGCAGGCCUCUUCAGAGAUGCCAGGGUGUACCGGUGGAGCAACCUCAGAUGACUUCAUUCUGGUUUCCAAAGAAGAUGAGGGGCACCGUGCCAGAGGGGCCUUCUCAGGCCAGGCCCAGCCUCUUCUCACCCUCAGAAACACAUCUGGGAAAAGUCGGGUCCCAGCCUGCUCCCCACUGGUGUUCACAGACCCACUGAUGGGCCCAGCCUCAGCCUCCUCCAGCAACCCCAGCUCCAGCCCCGAUGAUGACAGCAGCAAGGACUCUGGCUUCACCAUCGUGAGCCCCUUGGACAUCUGAACACAGGGACUGCACUAGCGGAGACCCUGCUGAACCAGUGUUUCUUUCCCAGCAUGCAUUUGGCAUUGAUUCAACCCAUUGGAACUCUUUACAAAGAGGCAACUAUGCUUCUUUCAAUGCACUAUGUUUACCAAAAUGCAGAUCGAGUUUUCCAGGCCCUUACCUGAUCCUGUGACCCUUGUUCCAGUUAGGGCCAGGUCAGGUCCCCUGCUCCAUACCCACUGUCAGUCACACCAGACCACAGCAGAGCCACAAUGUCUUCCACUCCCUCCUCCCCAGCAGCUCUGCCAGUUUACACUCAGAAGGAAAAGUUGGUUUCAAGACUUCCCCUUAUCAAAGUGUCAGCCACAGGGAACUUGUUGACACUGCGUGAAAUCUGGCAGGCAGCCUCACUCACUCCUGCCUUGGAAGCUCAAGCACAGGCUUGCCACACGGAGGGAGCAGAGGGCGUGGCUCCCAGGCUGGAGUCAGAGUGAAUUGUAGGAGCAGGGUCUCAGAUUAGGAAUCAGAUUAUUGUUUGACACGAAUACGUUUCUGGACCCUGAGCUACAUAAGCUUCAGCCACUGCUGUUCCUCCUUGAACAAGUGUAUUUCUCCUUUCAGAGUCCCCACAGCCGAGGGUGCGGUUGCCCCUCAGCAGUCCGCGCUGAGGUGAUUUUAAGAGUUGAAGGACUAACAUCCUUGAAUUGGAGAAUGUGUCAUAGCUCUCCGGUCAGGUCUCUGAGCAUGUUUCAGAGCUACAGUGGCCUGUUAAGUGAGGAGCGCAGAGGAAAACCACACUCAUACCAGCCAGAGUCAAGCCUCCUGGGAAUUAGACCUGGAGUCCCUUCUGUGGGGGCAGGCAUCCUGGAGAGCAUUCCAGGUACCACAGCCUGGUAUGCAGGGCUCCUACUCAACCCUCCCCAUUCUUGGAGCUCAGCUCUAAACUCUGCAUCCAGACACUGCCUGCCUCAGGGUCCCUGCCUGGGUUGGGUGUAUGUGAGACACCUCCUUGACUCUUGACCAAAGCUAGGGACAGUGGAGCUUGUGGGUAGAUGUAGCAUCUGUUAGAUGUUACCUCUGCCUCUGUCCUCCUCAGAGAGCAGCUGGUCCUCUGGGUAGUGCCCCACCCAUUAAUAGCAUUGUAAUUCUCUACAGACAGGAAUGCUAAUGUCAUGAUGCUCUGCAGGCUUCUCCUUAGCUGUACCGGAUAGCAGGGCUGAUAGCUCGCUCACGUGGUGGCAAGGCCCAGUCCCGGCCUCAGGAAUUCUGCCCCCUGCCUCUGACCAGUCCUCUCAGCAUUCUGAGGAGCCUGCUUGCACACAUGUCCCAUGAAGAUGCUCUGUAAGAACCAGGGCCACUAUAUAACAGGCAUCCAUCCCCUGAGGGAAGGCCAUCAGUAACCAUUCCACUUGAAGGCUUGACUUAAGGUGUCAGUACCUAGGGUAGGAAGUAUUGACUGAUCCAUGCAGGUCUGGGACAGUGUGCCAGCUAUGUGUGUCACAGCUGAGCCAUGUCCCCAGCAUUUCCUUUGCAUUGAGAAUAAGGGCAAUAGAUGACUAUCACUGGCUACCCACGAGGCCACGAAGGUGAUAUUCGGACUCCUUGCCAUUUGAAUGGGCAUUUCAUAAUCCCUCGACCUACCUGCCCUGCCCAUGCCCAGGAUGUGCCUGCUUCUGUGCUUGUGUGGGUGCCACAUGAGAACCCCCAGGUUCACACUGAGAUGUUUCUGUGGCCCCUAGUCAGGCCACUCUCUCCUUGGAAGAACCAAGGAUGGAAAGCUUCUCUAAGUGACUCCAUUCUUUGUUGAUGAACAUUGCUUCCCUUUGUUACCUACAUUACUGGUGUGGAAGGCAUUCCUUCCCUGUUAUUUUAUCAGGUACUUCUGUCUGAUUGUACAUUUUAAAGUCCUGGAUAUAUAGAACCUUUUUCUUUAACCACAUGGUAAUCAUCAGUUUUAAUCUCUCACAUUUUGAUUAAUAGCAGCUAAUACAGUUUUAUAUAAACCAAGCUUAGAUUAAGCCCCACUGUCAUCUGCUCUUUUGUACACAUUUCUGUGUUUCAUGCUGUCCUCUCUGAUCAGAUUGGAAGUGUGAAGUAAAUCAUACCUGUGUGCUACAGAGGGUCACAGACUUGUCUUGUCUCACGGGUGUGGCUCGGUUCAGUUCUCGGGACCUUCCUGGCUUAGUUUGGCAAGAUGACCUUCUGUUCUGCACUGACUACAACUUGAAGUGACCACACUGCUGACAAGUGUAACUCAGGAGGGCAGCUGCCUCCCCGGAGUCUGCUGCUUAUGGGGUGAAUCUCCUUGGCACAGGGGUUGGCUGUGCUAGUCCAGCUUACCAGCCAUGCCUUUAAUGUCAGAAAAGCUGAACAAAUGCCCAAACUCUAGCUAUAACCUGCUGUUCAAUGCAGGUUGCUUUUUGCUUGCUAAGAGCUCUCCCAGUGACCAGUAAAGGACAAAGUGGGGAGCACCCUGCAUCAGCCAGUGUCACCUCCCUUCCCCAGAACUGCUAGGAAGUGAGAGCUGGGAAGAGGCAGGCUCUUCCCAGAUCAUGUGGCCUCCUCCAUGCUUGGCCCAAACGCUGCUUCUCUCUUGUUGCAAAGAGGUGGUGUUCAUACAGCCAGGCUGGUGUAGACUUGUCUUUUGGUGUAUGAGACUCAGCUCAUCUAGUUGAUGUCCCGGCAGUGCCACCAAUGUCCUUAUGAGUCUUCAUGCCGGAUCUCAUACUGAUGUAGGAAAUGACUCCUUUGGCAGAGUGAGAGCACUUGAUAUGUACUAAUAAAGGACUACUGAGAACUGGGAUAACAUCCACUUCUUCCAGUCACCUAGCUCUGGGGUCAAGCAAGCAUGGAAGCACCGAGCCAGCAGGGCUGGUGUUGGCCAUGCCUCCACCUCGCCUGCAUCUCCUUCCUUUGCAACAUGGGCAACCUUCAUAGCCUCCUAAGACUGCUUCCUAAUCACCAGGACACCAGUGCUGCCUCACACUGCCACCCUAGUGAGAGCUACAAUAGCUUAAGACUUCUGUAGGAAGAAGCCCCAAACCCACCCACAACAGUGUGGGCUGCAGAGGUCUCUUGAUGUAGGGCCCUACCCUGAGGUAGCCGUGCUUACCACUGUUCCAAGACAGCUUGCCCUUCCUCGAAUGCCAGUCCCUGCAGCACACAGUUGCCCCAGGAUCAGGAUAGGGGAAGUGAUCAGAGCACUUUACACCUUAAAUGGCACAUAGGAAGGACAGAGUGGGGAAGAGCACCUGUAGUUUAGAUGAAGCCAGGAAUCAGUAAAUGAGCAGUCACUUAGCAUGUAUCCAACCUAGCCAGCCAGUGGACACAGCGUGUCCCACAGCCACAAGACCGCUGACCAGUGUUACGGGAUUUCUUCCUACUUAGCUCAACUCUACCUGAAGAUGAUGCUAAGAGGAUCUGGGGUUUGAACCUCACUUCUACCUCAGGAGCAUCCUGGGCCAGUGCUAGCUGUUCCCCUGUGUUUCCUGUCAGGUUGGGCUCCCUGUUGCAGGCUCCUCCCCUGUUGCACAUCCUCUUGCAGCUCCAUCCUUCCUGCUUCUGAUGUAAAGGCUGAGCCUGGCUUGCUAGCCUGGCUUGAAGGGAGAGGCCAUCAGGCAAGGCAGCGGCAAUUACACAGGGCUCAUCCAAAGCCAGGACAGCCCCUCUAUGUGAACUUUUAACCCAGGCCUACCCAGUUGUCAGUGGGCCUCUGGCUGAUGCCCUGUCACUCAGAAUACUCUGACCCUGAAGUUUGCAUCUGCCACCCAACAUCCUCUUAAGUAUCUGUGCCACUGGGCACUCUGAACUCUGAGCACAUCUGCUAAGGAAGGACUUGGCAUCAGAAUGUGUCCACACAUGGAGGGCUCCUUCCACAGCUGCCCAUGUGUGUCUCUGGAGAGACAUGUCUGCAUCAGGAUGAGGCACCCAUAGACAAAGGGAGCCCAGAUGGAGGCCUCCCUCCAGCCUAGGAGGAGGGGCAGGAGUCUGGUGUCAACCACCUGCCCCCAUGUGGUGAGCGCUGGGCACACCUACCUCCUGCUCAGGAAAUGCUCUGCACUGGUUUAAUGGUAGCUUCAUAGGUUGUAUUCUCCCCCAAAGGCACUUGCUGGGGGUGUGGGGGGGUGGCAGUCUUUCAUUAAGGACUGACCAUUCCAUGACAGCCAGUGGAGCACACUCAAACCAUGUUAGUCAUGGGAACCCAGGGUCAGGAUUCUGGCUGUGGUUAAGGAAACUGAGGGGAAUGGAACUGCAAUGGGGGGCCAUCUUCCUGUGAAAGAAUUACAGUUAAGACCACCAUGCAAAGAUAUGGCCAUUUGCCAGGCAGUGGUGGCACAUGCCUUUAAUCCCAGCACUUGGGAGGCAGAGACAGGCGGAUUUCUGAGUUCGAGGCCAGCCUGGUCUACAGAGUGAGUUCUAGGACAGCCAGGGCUACACAGAGAAACUCUGUCUUGGAAAAAAAAAAAAAAGAUAUGGCCAUUCACCUCAACCUUCCCACAGCAUCUUUGACCUCAGCGUGGCAUAGCCACCUCCUGCCAUCUUGUCCUUUCCCCUGGUCCACAGCCACUCAACUGCCCAAGCCAAGCCCUGCUGCCCAGUUCUUAGCCCCCUUGUCCACCAAUUAGUUCAUUGUAAAUAAGGGCUACUUGUCCUUAACCCACUCUGCUAGUGUGGCCAGUGAGUGUCCAUCAAGUCUCCAGCUCACCCCUCCAAUAAAAAUAGGAGCAACCUCUUCUUCAUCCCAUAGAGUAAGCUCCCACUCCAGCCUUCCUCACAUCAAAGUCAGACCCAUCCAACAUCCUCUUCUUGGGCCCUGUCCCCCAGCCUCCAGUUUAGAAGUGCCAACCGGACCAGCCAGGCAGCCCUUAGGUGAGAUUCCAUCUGACUCCAACCUACAUUGCAUCCUGAGAUCUCACAGUUUGGUUUCAUUUUGCCCAUGCUACAAUUCACCCUGAGUGAGCCAUGUCUUAACUGAAUAUGUAUUGCUGGCAUAGACAUUGCCAGGUUAAGAACUCCAAGGCCUCAGGUGGCAAAGACUUACCUGGGUGAAGCACUGAGGAAUGGCAAAGCUUUCCUCCUGAGCCCAAGAAUCAGUGGUUAUGGUUUGCAGUGUGUGCAAAGACGUUUAUAGCCCGAGCCUGACUCCAGAGGCCGCCUUCAGAGACUAGCUAACUCCUCCCUCUGUGCUGUGUCUAAUAAACAGUUUCUGAGUGGGGCAGUAGCCUAAUUCCAA